UAACUCCAAACCAGCUAGGCUCAUAUUUCCUUCACUAUAUAAACCCACCCUCCUCCCUCUCGCACUCACACGUAUUUCUCUCUCUCUGGUCGAUCACGUUAGCUGAUAUUUCGCACCCAGAUAUUUUCUCGUUCGCUCGAAGCCUCGAAGAGUUGACUUGCGCUUAGCCAAAGAUGGCCCUGGUUUCCGGAGGAUCAAGAUUGAAUCCCAACGCCCCUCUCUUUAUCCCUGCGGCUCUCCGGCAGGUGGAGGAUUUCUCCCCUGAAUGGUGGCAACUGGUCACAACCUCCACAUGGUACCACGACUACUGGCUCAGUCAGCAGGGUGAGGAUGGCUUCUAUGAUGAUACCCAGAAUGAAGUUGACAAUGUCGCUGAUUUGCUUCCGGAGACCUUUGAUCUCGAUGUUGGUGAUGAAUUCUCCGGUCUAGAAGCUCAAUUUGAAGAGUUCCUUCAGAUGUCUCAGACUGAAGGUAAAGAUGGGUUUGAGAAGGGCGCUGCGGUCUUGAAGAAUUUGAAGUCACUGGAGGACAGACGUCCGAAGUCCCCGGUGGAGCCAAGGAGGUAUGCUGAGAAGCCAGCAAAGCAUGUGAGCCCGAAAUGCAGCCCCCGUUUCAUCCAGCAGCCUCGUUGAACCUUGAAAGCCGCUAGCUUCCCUUGUGUAGUUUAGCCGAUGGCAAAACCGAGUAAUUUGUAGUUUCUGUAAUUUCUGUAUUCUAAUGCAGCUUCUGUUCAGUUUACUAAAAUAUACCCUUGGGGGUAAGAAAGUUGUAAAAAAAAGUGUAAAAUUUCAACAAAACAAGUAAAAAGGAGAGAGUUUUCUAGUUC